AGUAAACGCUCUGGUCUGCAUCUCCAUGCUUCGAUCAGUAAGGACUUGGUUCUAAAAAAACCGCACAGUACCAAAAAGCAGCUCAAAGAAACUUCCGUGAACGAAAUCGACCUUAAAAUGGCCGACCAAAGCAAGCUCAUCGAACAACUCCAGAAACGCCUCCAGAUCCUGGAAGACAAGGAUGCCCUCCAGACACUAUUGAACACAUAUUGCAACACGGCUGACGCCCACGACUGGGAGGGUUACUCAGGAACCUAUAUCGAGGACGGACCCGUUAUGACUUUCGAAUCUUGGGGCGAUAUCGUUGGCAGAGAAGCCAUCCUGAAAGCAGCCAGUGUAGAGACACAGUUUGAGGGCCUUCAGCACACAAUGACCAACAUGGAGUUCAAAGUGGACGGUUCUGACAAGGCGACAGGUACCGCAUACCUGUGGUUCUGCGCAACGCCAGAGACAGCAAAACCAGAAAUCCAUUACGCCUUUGGUGGACCAUACCGUUUCGAAUUUCAACGAACUGCACAAGGAUGGAAGAUCGCGCGGAUGCGGUUGAAGAGGAUUUGGGCACAGGGCAAUGACACGAAGAAGGCAUUCGGUACGGGCUAGAUGUCACUUCCUCAGAGUAGCACUCGCCGAAUGAGAAGCAGUACAUAAGUUCUUGUAAAUGAGCACAUCGUAUUGGAUCUACGUUCUCAGAGUGCUGUACGACAUAUAGCUCUUGUGAACGC